GGAGCAAAUCUGCCACGCAAUGGCCCAGUGGGAUCAGGGCUUGGAUCCUUUUGGGCGAUACGAGGUCCACGUCGCCGACGACUGUCCGCGGGAUUGUCUUUGGGGCGCGAGAGUGUCCGAAUUUCUAGAGGCUAACUCUGAAUUUGAUAUACGUGGAAUGUACAAAUGUCUCGCGCGUCGCGAGCCGUUUGUUUUAACGGGGUCGAACGUCGGUGGG